AUGAGCAGCCCAAGGAAGUUGUCACUUGAGCAGAGACUAUCGCUUGCGACCAAGGCGACUCAGAAAAGACGGCUCAAGAAAUCAAGCCCUGCAUUGACUGCCGGGAGUGAUGCAACUGGGGAGGAUUCAAUAAGCUCUCCGGUGGAUGAAAGGGAGGGUCAAAAGCCCAGCAGGCCUGCCAAUGACACGUCUUCUGCGGAAGCUAGUGUUGCACAUGCACACAAUGGCAUUCCUGCGCCUUUCACGGAGGUAUUUCCGAAUGGCCUUGAGGGAAAAGAUAUGGAGACCGUUCUGGCAGAGCUGGCUCCGCAUUUUCAAAGGCUACGGGCUAUGAGUCCUACAACAAGAAUUGAUGCUCAGCCACAUCGAGAAAUUUCUACAGACUCUAGCCUGUUACUGCUGGUGAAAGAGAAAGACGCGAGGAUCGAAGAGCUGCUGGAAGAACAACAAGAAACGUCCGCCAAGGAGCGGCGGGCUACCCAGGCAUUGUCCAAAAUGGAGAAAAAGUACAAUAAGCAGGUUGCAGAGUCUGCGGCGCUCGAGCAAAAACUGCGGAAACAGGCGUCAGAAAACGUGCUGCUCAAGGAGGAAAAGGAUAAGGCAAAGGCGGAGCUUAAAGCAUGCCGUGCUGACUAUCAGCAGAUGAAGGAUGCUUGCUCUGCUGCCGACUCCAGAUACGCUUCACUGACACACGAGCAAGAGGCCCUGCAGUGUCAGUUGGAAGACUGCGAGAAGGAAGUACUUGCUGCGCGUACAGGGUUUGAAACGUCAAAGGCCAACUGGGAGAAGAAGGAAAAGGAACUGAAUGCUAGGUAUAACUCUCUUCGUAAGUCCUCAAAUGACGAAAUAACAAGGCUGGAGGGCGUCAUGGAACGGCUACGCCUAGAGGCAGAAGAUAGUAGAGAUAUUAGAGUUCGAAAACAGGAUGACAAUCCUGUUCAUGCUGAAUCGGAAUACCAGUCACUUCUUCGACAGCUUGAAGAUCAACAGCGGCAGGCUGUGAUCAGCAGAGAGAACUGGUCCAGUAUCGAGUACUCUAUGAACCAGAAAAUAGAAGAAUUGCAGACGCAACUUGAAGAGAUACAGAGUUCUUGUGCAGUUCUAGAGACACGUCUAGGGGCUGCUGAUGAAGAGCGGAGGCGCUUAGUCAUGGAGCUAGACCGCUUAGGCCGUGAAAACGCAAAGUUAAAAGAAGCAAGCGGUAUCCUUGAGCUGGACUAUAAGAAGGCCACGAAUAACUUAAAGAAACUGGAAGAAGAUCACCGGUUGUUGGCAGAAAAGUACAAAAUCCAAAAGCUAAACUUAGAGUCUAGACUAGGAGGUAAAAGAGAAGUUUUGCAAGAUAAAGAAUCUUUGGGAGAAAAUCUGUUGCUUCCAACUUCUGCAGAAAUCAAGGAUGCGUUCCAAUCACUAAAUGGACAACAAGGGAUGAGCGCACAGUCAAUUGCGACGGGCCAUUAUGAGUCUGGACUCUCGUCAAACUAUGAUUUUGACAUGCCAGUGGAUGAGACACUUUCUCAGACAGCCGAGAUUUCUGGAGACGACCUGCCUGAGGACUCCACAAGUGAUGCUCGUAAGACAACCACCGAUUUUAGGAGUACUAUAUCAGCUGAUCAAGCGGGAAUUUCGGCGCAAAUGCACGUUAAUGCUCAUAUUGUUAACAAGCUCGGGGCAGAAGUCCGCCGUUUGGAGCUAGAAAUUUCCACAUUGAAAGCGUUCAAUAACACAUUAGAGGAAGAGAAAGCUCGUGCAGAAGAUGAUAUUUUGAAGCUGCUAGAGGAAAAUCACACUGUGCAUCAUUUGAAGACUACCAACGAAGCGUUGACUACCAAGGUAGCCGACUAUAGCAAUAGACAAGAUACGAUUCUCCAGCUGUUGGGCGAAAAGACGGAACGUGUAGAGGAACUUGAAAAUGACGUCGAGGACCUCAAGCAGAUGCUGCGGAUGCAAGCACAGCAACUUGCCGACAUGCAAGAGAGGUUAAGAAUAUAG